UGCCCAUCGCGCGCAUCUUCAGACCGUCCAAGCUCAACAAAACUCGAGCCCUAUUAGUUAAGUAAGCGUAUGGCUUCCUUUAGUCAUGUUUGAUCACGUAGACUUUGAGCGAUCUGAGGAGCAGUAAGUUUUAGAGUCAUAGUUUCAGUGCUGACGAUCCCGGUGCUAAUGUUGUUCAUUCUGUUGUUGUUGGGACUUCAUGAGAUAAAAACAAAGCUAAAGCUGUGCCGGCCUCUGACAGCGAGUAUGAGGCAGAUGGCGUGGAGUCAUCACUGUCCACAAGAGUAGAAUAUCAUUGGUAGGACCACAUGAAAACUCUUUUCUAAAAGCCAACACAGAAGUUAACAUCACACUGGUCAAAAAGCCAAUAGGGUUUUUUAUUGGAGUCAUUGAAGAAAAGUCAUUUGAGUAUCGUCUGAAGUGGAAAACAUCCAUGUUGACCCAACGCUCCUCAAGCCUAACGAAGGCCUCCAAGAAGAUUGCCCAGAGAGACCCCAGCUCGGAUGAAGAAGAUAUCCAGCGCAAGCUGAGGAGUAGGCCAAAGAGGAAUGGGCUGAAGAAAAUAGAAACUAGUGACAGCAGAGUCCAUGCAGAGGAGAGGAGGGACCGCGACAUCCUUGACGUCAUUAACAGCACACUUGAGGCUAAAGGUGUCGGAGAGGAGGAUGAAGAGAGGUUUGUAGAGGUGACUGAUGAAGGAGUGGAUGAUUCAGAUGCAGACUGCGUCUCUGUAAGCAGCAUAGUGUCUGGUCCUUUCCUCCCCCAUAAUGCAUCUCGAAGGAAACAGCUUCUCUCACAGGGCGUGUGCACAGCCUGUAGGAGCCUCGGAGAGGAGGCAAAGAAGUCGAAAAGACCUAUGAAAGACAAACUCCUGAACAAUGAUCCCAAUUCCCUGACAUGUGACGAGUGGGUUCUGAUCAAGAGCUGGAGACCGAGGAAGCUGCCUAAUGAAAGACGGAAGCUUCUGAUCCUGGUACAACUGUUUAAGAAAAGACUUAACUCUCAAUGUGGGAGAAAGUUGGAAUCUUCAGCCUGCACAAGACCGCACAGCUUCCUCCAGAGGAACCUUAGACGGUGUCUCAGAACGCCAAUGAAACAAAUGAAGAAGAACAGGGGGAAGAGGAGAAGAGUUGGUUCACAGGGUCCUCGUGUGGCGAAGCAGCAGCGUCUCCGCAGCAACCAUCACCUCCAAAACAUCUGUGUAAGCAGCACCGAUAAGAGCAGCAUUCUCAGCGCUGGUUUGGAAGAUCAGAUCGAUCAAGAAGUCAGCGAUGAAUCGAACACACAUUUGACUGUUCAGUUGAUCCCCGCCAACGUUUCCCUGGAACCCACCGAGCCCAGAGAGCUCCCAUCCAAUCAGAAAGCAGCGAAAAAGGCGUGUGGAUUCAGAGACUUGCUUGCCCAGUUGCGCUGCAACAGCAGCAUGGUCGUGAAAGAAAGUCGUUAGCUAAGUGACUCAGGAAGGUAUUCAAGCCCUGAUGUAGCUUUUACUUGUUAAGUUUGCGGUUUAGCCCUCCUAUUUUCUCUGUUGUUCUUGAUGUUUCUGAGUUGAGUAGACCACUGAUACAGUUCCACAUACCUGCAUGUUAUUUAUUUAUUGUUAGCAAGUAGUUUAAUUCAACACACAACGUUAGUGUUGCUUCUUUUUUUUGUACAUGUAUAUUUUACCCAAUCCCUAGAAUAGACUGAUCAAACCAGUACAUGAGCACCUUAGUAGGGUGAACUAUAUAACUAGAACUCAUGAUCCAUUUUAAUACCACAGACUAAUCCCAUGCUGUUUUCAGUAUUCUAAAGAAUAAUCUAUUUUAGUGUUGUACCACAAUGCAGAUAGUAAGGAUUAUUGAUUCUUACAUAUUUUCUUAGAAUUGCAAAACUAUAUGUUUACAUGUAGUAUGGAGUAUACAUUUGGGACACAUUAUAUCCUUGACCUGUCUGUAUAAAAAAAAGCCUGUUUACUAAGUAUAUCAAAUGAAAGACAGUUCCAAGUGGUGGGUGUGUAAACAUGAACUAUUUUCAGGUGUUGGGCAGUGUUGUUAGACCCUCUCUGUUAAAGCCCACAUGGUGGCGCCACUUAAUAAAGGAAUCAGCACUGUAUAUCA